AUGUCCGAACUCACAUCGGAUAUGCGACCUUUGCCAGCCCAGGGCCUCGAACCACACGACGUCGUGAAUAUACAGUUUACAUCGGGGACAACAUCUAUGCCAAAGGCGGCUUGUUUAACACACCGGUCUAUCUUGAACAAUGGUGCUCAGAUUGGUGACCGGAUGAUGCUCACACCUAAAGAUGUGGUCUGCUGUCCACCACCCCUUUUCCACUGUUUCGGAUGCAUUCUAGGAUAUAUGGCUACCGCCACGCAUGGAUCAGCCAUCGUGUUCCCUGCUGAAUCAUUCAACGCCGUCGCUACACUCAAAGCGGUCCAAGAGGAAAAGUGCACGGCACUUUAUGGUGUCCCCACAAUGUUUGUCGAGGAGCUGGAACUCCUAGCAAACGGGACUAUUCCAUACGAGGGCUUCCAGUAUCUACGAACGGGGAUUGCCGCUGGCAGCAGCAUCCCCGCGGAGUUGAUGAAGAAGCUCCACAAGACUUUAAACUUGACGGAGCUAACCAUAUGUUAUGGUAUGACAGAGACUAGCCCUGUCUCUUGCAUGACCACCACAGACGACCCAAUCGAUAAGCGCAUCAACACCGUUGGCCGCUUGAUGCCUCAUGUGGAAGCGAAGGUUGUCGACCCCGUAGACCAUAGUAGAAUUCUCCCGGUGGGCUCCAAGGGAGAACUCGCUGUCAGUGGUUAUCUGGUCAUGAAGGAAUAUUGGAACGCUCCAGAGCAAACCGCCGCAGCCAUGAGAGCCGAUGAUGAAGGGAAGAUCUGGAUGCACACCGGAGACGAGGCAUCAAUGUCGCCUGAUGGGUACGUCACCAUCACAGGUCGUAUUAAGGACCUAAUCAUUCGUGGCGGUGAGAAUAUACAUCCACUGGAGAUCGAGAACUGUCUUUUCGCCCACCCUGGGGUUUUGAACGUAUCGGUGGUGGGGGUUCCCGAUCAAAGAUAUGGCGAAGUGGUCGCUGCGUUUGUCGUCGCACGAGAAAAUGGAGAAAAGAGAGUCACUCCCGAUGAUAUCAAGUCAUGGGUGAGAUCAAAAUUAAGCAAUCAUCUCGGUAAGCUCCUAUCUCGUUUUCCUUAA